CUUGGUGGUAAUUAUAUGGCAAUUUAUCCUAUUGAAAGUCCAGGUGGCUAUCAAUUGUUUGGAAGAACAAUACAAACUUGGUCAACAUUUGGUACAAUUGGAUAUCCAUUUACAAAUUAUCAACCUUGGUUAUUGAACAUGUUUGAUAUUAUUCAAUUUCAAUGUGUUACUGAAUUGCAAUUACAAAAUUUACGUCGUUUAGCUUUUGCUGGUAAAUAUCAAUAUCAAAUUACUGAUUCAAUAUUAAAUAUAAAUGAUAUUAAACAAUUAGAAGACUCUCUUGAUGAAGAUUUAUUGAGUUUUAAACAAAAACAACAUAUUGCUCAAAAACAUAUGCAGCAAAUAGAAAUACAAUUAUUAAAAGAAAUUGAUUCUAAUAAUAAUAAUUAUUAUUAUAAUGAAGUAUUAAACGAUUCACAACAAAAAAAAUUGCAAGAAUUAGAUGAUAAUCAUAAAAUUAUUUAUGCUAUGGUUGGUGGUAUAAUUCAAUCAAUAUCUGUUCAUAAUGAUGAUAAAAUAAUUGUUGAUCAAACAAUUCUUUGUACUAUUCAGGCUAUGAAAACAGAGAUAACAAUUAUAUCUGAUUGUAAUGGUAAAUUGUAUCAUAUUUAUAUAAAACCUAAUCAAUUGAUUAAUGCUGGUGAUCCUCUUUUUACUAUUAAACUUGACCAAUAA